CAUCGUCCAUGUUAACCCUAAUGGCCUCACCCCCUUCCAAUCGCUUCAUUGCAUCGCUCCAAAUCUUGCCUGAAUUCUUCACCUACUUUAACUCCGAUGAGCCUCACCAUUCAACAAUUCCCCUCGAGCUGUUCUACAUUAUUAUGCUCCGUAUGGAAAUCCGUGGCUUUACUUCAAUGUACUUCACUCUUUUUCAACCAUUAACCAAAGUCUUGCUCACAUUUCAACGCUCAAGUCAUGAGCCCAAAGUGAUGUUGUGUGAAUUGGAUUCGUUACCUUUGGAAUUGGAGGAAAUGGAGCACAUUGAUUAUGGAACUUUUGUGUCAAUUGAUUCACAAGACUUUAGACGUAUUGUUCUUGAGUUAGAUGUUCAUUCCGUUCAUGUUUCCUUAACGAAUUCACAAGUCAAGUUCAGUGCUUCAAGAAAGGAGAUUGUUCUUACCAAAGAGGAAAGACGGUGCAUAAUUGGAGGUCUUGCAGAAGGAAAGGAAUUUGAAUUUUCGAUCACUCUCCAUCCGUUGGUGUUCUUUCAUGAAUUGAGCUAUAAAGCAAAACGGGCAUGGUUGUUCAUGUCAAUUAAUUUCUCCACUAUCAUUGUUUUUCCCCUUGGAACUUCUACUCAGUGUUGGGUUUAUUUCUCUCAAUGA